GAGAGCCGCCCCUUGCUGUGCCGCGCCUUCCUGUUCCAGUUUUUGGGUUUUUUUUCUUGAUCUCUAUGGUUCUUGGAGGUGGUGUUCUGUACCGACGGCAUGUAAGCAGGUCUCUAUGAUCGAGCUAGCCGCUGUUGCCAGUGGCAGGUUUGUUUACUUCCGGGAUCUGAGCGGCUCCCGCCUCCGUCUGCCUCCUCGGUUCUUGCCUCCUCCUCCCCCUUGUCAUGGGGGAGGCCGAAGAGCAGGUGCCCGAAUCAGGUGCUAUAUUCACAUUUGGAAAAAGCAAAUUUGCAGAAAAUGUUCCUAGCAAGUUUUGGUUUAAAAAUGACAAGACUUUACAUAUAUCAUGUGGAGAUGAACAUACUUCUGUUGUAACAGGAAAUGGUAAACUUUAUAUGUUUGGAAGCAACAACUGGGGACAACUGGGCUUGGGAACAAAGGACACCAUCAACAAGCCAACCUGUGUAAAAGCUUUAAAACCUGAAAAAGUAAAAUUGGUUGCCUGUGGGAGAAACCACACUUUGAUUUAUACAGAACAAGGAAAAGUAUAUGCUGCUGGAGGUAAUAAUGAAGGGCAGUUGGGAUUAGGUGACACAGAGGAAAGAAGCACAUUUCAUCCUAUUAGUUUUUUUACCAGCCAACACAAGAUCAAACAACUGGCAGCUGGAUCCUACACAUCAGCAGCACUUACUGAGGAUGGACAGCUAUUUAUGUGGGGAGAUAAUUCUGAAGGACAAAUUGGCCUGGCUGAGGAAGCAAAUGUGUGGGUUCCUCACCAAGUGGAUAUUGGGAAACCUGUUUCCUGGAUCUCAUGUGGAUAUUAUCACUCUGCCUUGAUAACACGAAAUGGUGAACUCUAUACUUUUGGAGAGCCUGAGAAUGGAAAGCUAGGCUUGUCGCCUGAGCAACUGAAAAACAACAAGGUUCCACAACUUGUUUCUGGAAUUUCUGGUAGAGUUAAUAAGGUUGCCUGUGGAGGAGGACAUACAGUGGCACUUGCAGAGGGAGAUGUCUACACCUUUGGUCUUGGCCAAUAUGGGCAACUUGGACAUGGUACAUUUAUUUUUGAAACUUCUGAACCAAAGAUUGUGGAUCUGGGGAAGCACAAAAUCUGUAAUAUAGCAACUGGAGAAAAUCACACAGCUUUAAUAUCAGAGAAUGGCCUUAUGUAUACCUUUGGAGAUGGACGGCAUGGCAAGUUAGGACUUGGUGAAGAAAAUUACACCAAUCAGUUUGUACCUACAUUAUGUGCUAAUUUUUUGAGGUUUACUGUACAUUUGGCUGCCUGUGGUGGUUGCCACAUGCUGGUUUUUGCCACACCAAGGUCUAAAGAAUCAGAAGAAACACAUGUGCCAGACUUAAAUGAACAUGGCUUGUCUACUAUAGUUUCUGAAUUGAGCAGAGAUUCAUUAGUAAUAAAUACCUUGCAUCGAACAUUGUCUGCACGUAUGCGACGAAGAGAGAGGGAAAAAUCACCCCAACAAUUUAGUCGAUUGGUACGAACACUUCCUCCUCUCGGAGGAGGUUCCAUGAAGCCUGCAUCAAGUGUCAUCAGCAACACUGUCUCGCUUGGUGUACAAACUGCAAACCUUCCAAACUCAGAGAAAACUAAUACAAAUAAAGAUACUGCAUCUACAGUGGACUAUGGAACAGGGGCUGAGAAAAAGGAGUGUGACAGUGAAGAGGAAAGUUCAACAGAUGAUUAUUCAAAUGAAGGCAGAAGCCUAGGGGACACCACAGAUGUCCUAAAUAUGACCCAUGUGAUGAAACUGGAUCCCAGUGACCAGUCAUUACAGUUAACACCAGUUCAAAAGCAAAAGGAUCAAGUUUCAUCUGAUGAGGAAGAGAGUGGUACUGGUGAUGAAGAUGAAGACUCUGAUGAAAAAGAAGAAACAGACAAGGAAGAAGUGGAGGAAGAAGCAGCAGUAUAUAGUAACCAAGUACCUGAAAAUGAGGGACAGAGCACUAAAUCAUCUGAGAGCAAAGAAAGAAAUCAAGUAACUGCAGAAAACAUAAAAAAAGAAGUGGCCACUGCAGAAGGAGAAAUAACACAGCAAGAGGGAGAAAAUGCUGAAGUUUGUGCCAUGAACAAUUCUUCAGAAGCAAUUAAAGAUGCUAAUGAUGACAGCACAUCUGGAAAACUACUGGGAAAGAAGAAAACGUUUUCUUUCUUUAAACGAAAGUCUUCAAAGCAGAAAAAUGCACACAGCUGUGACGAAAGCACCCUUGAAAAGCUACCUCAGAGUGAACAGGAAACUGGAAAUCAAGCCGGCCUACCUCACAAAAGUAGUCAAGAUGAAAACCAGAACCAUACUGAGGAAAAUCAAAAGGAAACGUCAUCAACAAAUCAGGCCAGAAAGACAUCCUCUACCUGUGUAGUACUUUAAUACAUACUGAACUGUAUGAAGCUUGCAUAUGAGACAGAAGAGACCAUUUUGCAAGACUGCAGUUUAUACUUGAAAAUAAUCAUGCAUGUGUGUAAUGAUUGGGGAUCUGUGUGUGUGUAAAAUUAGCAUGUUUGUAUUGAUUUACUUUUAUUGUGGACCAACUUUCUAGUAUUUAUAUGUUUUCAUAAUUUUAGAUACUGCAACAGUAUGCUUUUCACAGUCUUACUGAAGUGUUGUGGCCUUAAUUCUCAGUGCUGUAAUAAAAUAUAUUUUUAUAUGUCAAAAGUUAGAUUAAAUCCUUUCAUAAGCUUUCCUAAACAGCUUUAUCUUUUGAAAUUAUAACUGUAAAUAUACAUUGUAAAUAGAGACGACCAGAAGUAUUAUUUAAAAUGUUUAUUCUCUGGUAUGUUUGCCUUUUAUAAAAGAAACA